CAGAGGCAACAAGUAAAACUCAACGCGUCUCUCUCUCUCUCUCCAUCUCCUCUCUCUCUCAACCAAAUGGACACUGUAGCACUCUUCUUCACCGGCGCUCUCGUCGCCGGCGGUAUCUACUGGUUCCUCUGCGUCCUCGGUCCAGCGGAGCGAAAGGGAAAACGAGCCGUGGAUCUAUCCGGCGGCUCAAUCUCCGCCGAGAAAGUCCAGGACAACUACAAACAGUACUGGUCUUUCUUCCGCCGUCCCAAAGAGAUCGAAACCGCCGAGAAAGUCCCCGAUUUCGUCGACACGUUCUACAACCUCGUCACCGACAUCUACGAGUGGGGAUGGGGACAAUCCUUCCACUUCUCUCCAUCGGUCCGAGGCAAAUCACACCGCGACGCCACGCGCCUCCACGAGGAGUUAGCCGUAGAUCUGAUCCAAGUCAAACCGGGUCAAAAGAUCCUGGACGUCGGAUGCGGCGUGGGCGGUCCGAUGCGCGCGAUUGCAUCUCACUCGCGAGCAAACGUGGUUGGGAUCACGAUCAACGAGUAUCAGGUGAAGAGAGCGCGUGACCACAACAGAAAAGCCGGUCUCGACGCGCUUUGCGAGGUCGUGUGCGGCAACUUCCUCGAGAUGCCGUUCGAUGAUAACAGCUUCGACGGCGCGUACGCGAUCGAAGCGACGUGCCACGCGCCGAAGCUCGGAGAAGUGUACGCGGAGAUCUACAGGGUGUUGAAACCAGGAGCCUUGUUCGUAUCGUACGAGUGGGUCACGACGGAUAAAUUUAAGCCGGAGGAUGAUGAACACGUGGCGGUGAUCCAAGGGAUCGAGAGAGGAAACGCGCUUCCUGGGCUUAGGGCUUACUCGGACAUAGCCGUGACGGCGAAGAAAACCGGGUUUGAGGUUGUGAAGGAGAAGGAUCUGGCGGCUCCACCGGCUGAGCCGUGGUGGACCCGGCUUAAGAUGGGUCGGAUCGCGUAUUGGAGGAACCACAUUGUGGUUCAGAUUUUGUCUGCGGUUGGAGUUGCGCCUAAAGGAACCGUUGAUGUUCACGAGAUGUUGUUUAAAACCGCUGAUUUCUUGUCCAGAGGAGGCGAAACCGAGAUUUUCUCUCCGAUGCAUAUGAUUCUCUGCCGGAAACCGGUUUCUUGAAAAAGAAGACGUAAAGUUUGUCGCAAGGCGUUAGUGGUGGGAACUUGAGACGCGCGUGGUGGUCUCGCACGCUAUGAUAUGUUGAAUUAUUGGUACGUACUAGAGUUGAAAGUUUAUGUUUUAUUAUAUGUUAUUUUUUUUAAAAUAAUUCGUUGAUAAUUUUUUCUUUAUUUUAAUAAUUUUAUUUUUAAGUUUGCAUUGUGUUAAUAAUACUUGUGUUCUAUUAGUUAUCCUUA